UGAACCAAGACAACCCUUUUUUUCAUUUUGUAGUUGGAUGCUGACAACUAUGAGACUGACCCAGAAUUAGCAAAAAUUCGUAAGGAGAAGAACUACUCCUGGAUGGAUAUAAUAACGAUACAUAAAGACACGCUGCCAAAUUAUGAAGAGAAGAUAAAAAUAUUUUAUGAAGAGCACUUACACCUGGAUGAUGAGAUUCGCUACAUCCUGGAAGGAAAUGGAUAUUUUGAUGUUCGUGAUAAAGAUGACAAAUGGAUCCGGAUUGCCAUGGAAAAGGGCGACAUGAUCACACUUCCUGCUGGCAUCUAUCACCGAUUCACACUGGAUGAAUCUAAUUAUGUCAAGGCAAUGAGACUGUUUGCUGGAGAACCAGUGUGGACUGCUUAUAACAGACCGGCUGACCACUUUCCUGCUCGAGCACAGUACCAACAGUUUUUGUCACAAAUGGUUCAAUAAAGCAGUGGGACGACAUGAGGCAUGGAACAUCCUGCAACAUCUGUAGCAUUAAAAUGGCAAAGCGGCUUUGUUUAUAGCAUCUGUAGUAGAUAAAUCUUUGAUUUCCCCUCUCUCAAAUAUCAAUUUUUAAUAUCAAUUUUUGUCCCUGGAUGAAUGGAUUUUCACUUACAAUAGUGAUUUCUGUAGUUUUCAGAUCUCAAUUCAGAGGAUCAAUCCUUCCUUGCUUCUCCUACAAGCAAUACCUACCUGAUUCAUUCCUGAAUUAACCUAAAGCAUUAUUACGUUUGGUAGUUGCUGUAGUUUUAAUGUUUGUAGAGGUAAUAAAAUAACAUUCUAUUUUUCA